UCUCUCUCUCUCUCUCUCUCUCUCUCUCUCUCUAAACACUUCCUCUAUCCUCCCUAAAUUCCAGCAUUUACAUUUCCCCCAAAUCCCAAAUUCCACUCUCACAGCCUCACAGAAACCGGAGGUUGCCUUGACCAGAAACCAUGGCCACCGGACAACUUUUCUCGCGCACCACUCAAGCCUUGUUCUACAACUACAAGCAGCUCCCAAUCCAGCGCAUGCUGGAUUUUGACUUCCUUUGUGGGAGGGAAACACCGUCCGUUGCUGGAAUCAUUAAUCCCGGUGCUGAGGGAUUUCAGAAACUCUUUUUCGGUCAAGAGGAGAUCGCCAUACCAGUGCACUCAACGAUUGAAGCAUCUUGUGCAGCACAUCCUACUGCUGAUGUCUUCAUCAACUUUGCUUCCUUUAGAAGUGCUGCCGCUUCCUCCAUGGCUGCUCUGAAGCAACCAACCAUUAGAGUUGUUGCAAUCAUUGCUGAAGGUGUACCUGAGUCAGACGCUAAGCAAUUGAUCGCGUAUGCACGAGCAAACAACAAGGUUGUUAUUGGCCCAGCUACUGUGGGAGGAAUUCAAGCUGGUGCUUUUAAGAUUGGUGACACUGCUGGAACAAUUGAUAACAUAAUUCACUGCAAGCUGUACAGGCCUGGAUCUGUUGGUUUUGUCUCCAAAUCUGGUGGGAUGUCUAAUGAAUUAUACAAUACUGUGGCUCGUGUAACAGAUGGACUUUUUGAAGGUAUUGCUAUUGGAGGAGAUGUGUUCCCAGGUUCUACUCUUUCUGACCAUGUUCUGCGGUUUAACAAUAUCCCCCAGGUUAAACUUAUUGUUGUACUUGGGGAACUUGGCGGGAGAGAUGAGUAUUCUCUAGUUGAAGCUUUGAAACAGGGGAAAGUUUCCAAACCAGUCGUUGCUUGGGUUAGUGGAACUUGCGCAAGGCUUUUCAAAUCCGAAGUACAAUUUGGUCAUGCUGGUGCAAAAAGUGGUGGUGAGUUGGAGUCUGCACAAGCAAAGAAUCAAGCCUUGAGGGAUGCUGGAGCUGUUGUUCCCACUUCAUAUGAAGCUUUAGAAACUGCUAUCAAGGAAACCUUUGAAAAACUGGUUGAACAAGGGAAGAUUACACCAGUGAAGGAAUUUAAGCCUCCACAAAUACCUGAAGAUCUUAACUCUGCAAUUAAGAGUGGAAAAGUUCGGGCUCCAACUCAUAUUAUAUCCACAAUCUCUGAUGAUAGAGGUGAGGAACCAUGCUAUGCUGGUGUACCUAUGUCCUCCAUUGUUGAGCAGGGUUACGGUGUGGGUGAUGUUAUCUCUCUUUUGUGGUUCAAGCGCAGCCUUCCCCGUUAUUGUACUCAGUUUAUUGAGAUAUGCAUCAUGUUAUGUGCUGACCAUGGUCCUUGCGUCUCUGGAGCUCACAACACAAUAGUAACUGCUAGGGCUGGCAAGGACCUUGUUUCCAGCCUUGUCUCAGGUUUGCUCACAAUUGGUCCCCGAUUUGGUGGUGCCGUUGAUGAUGCUGCUCGAUACUUCAAGGAUGCAUAUGACAGGAAUCUUACACCUUAUGAAUUUGUCGAGAGUAUGAAAAAGAAGGGCAUUCGUGUGCCAGGGAUUGGGCACAGGAUCAAGAGAGGGGACAACAGAGAUAAGAGAGUAGAGCUGCUACAAGCGUUCGCACGCACACAUUUCCCUUCUGUCAAAUACAUGGAAUAUGCCGUACAAGUUGAAACCUACACACUCUCGAAGGCAAACAACCUGGUCCUUAAUGUCGAUGGUGCUAUUGGCACCCUGUUCUUGGAUCUUCUUGCAGGCAGUGGAAUGUUCAGCAAGCAAGAGAUUGAUGAAAUUGUUGAUAUUGGCUAUCUGAAUGGGCUAUUUGUGCUGGCACGUUCCAUCGGUUUGAUUGGGCACACUUUUGACCAGAAGAGAUUGAAGCAGCCCCUAUACCGCCACCCAUGGGAGGAUGUUCUUUACACCAAGUGAAAGGCUCUCGGAUAGCAGGUGCAAAGCCGACUUACCUGCUUUCGACAAGCAUUGUUGUCUUCAAGGUCCUUGAGUCUGCAGAUUCGCUUGGAAUGAUUGUUCAGUUGUUAGAAUAGUGUUUGUAUUGCUAAUGCUGGAGUUGAGUAUCUUCAUUUGUAAGUUGUAUCCAAAGUUCAUAAAGGGACAACCUCGAGCAGUUUACUAAACAAAGUUAUGUUUUCCUAUAAAAUUUCUUGGUUUCACUUUCUGGGUUUUUAGGAGAGAAUAGAGUAAAGUGGGUAUUCUCUUGGGCAUGUUUUG